CUUCACCGCAACCACUAUGCUUAUGGCCACCUUUAUCAUCCUCUACGGUCUGUCUUAUCUCGAACUCGUUAUACGAGCCUGUAAAGUCGAGACAAUAUCACACUGCGACAAACCCUCGGUAUAAAUAUCGAGUCGAACCUUCAGGACACGUUGAAGAGACACUAGAAUUAAGAGCGGGUCGUAGCCGAUGACUAGAUUGUUGCACCUGUCAACGAUAAUUUAUGGCAUCAGCUCCCCCGAAACUCUGAAUAAAUGUUGACCAGAACGAAUCAAAAACGAUAUUAUGUGCGGCGUUUGCGAAUAGCCCCACCCAUUCCGAAGGAUGCGUUACCUACACGUUUACAUAUUCAAAUUCUGGUUGAAGGUUUUCGAAGACGGACAUCGUACAUCGACCUCCUGAUGGCGACUCUUGAUGACCUUAAGUCGUCAACACCGAUGGGGGACUGGCUUUCCAUCGUUUAACGCACUUAGCAACGCCUCCGAGGCCUCUCCAUGGGGCUUACAUGCACUCCACGGUCCUGUACGGGUGUGUAUUUUGACUCAACGAUACAAUCCUAAAUGGACUCCUGCCAGGAGGGCCGGAGGGAGUGAUAUUGCAAAAAGACUGCUUUCCGCCUGACUCCCCCAAAGCGCGAAAGACUUCGGAAGGAGAAAUUUGAUGGACGGGAUUGGAGGUAGUAACGACGGUUGCUCUUCUUCCCUACAUGACAAGCGAUAUCGAAAGUGUUACAGGAGGUCUUCUCGACGCUUUCCUCAAAGCGUUAACCGUGUUAUCUCAAACCUGGUGACGAACCCGCACUCUCGCACCUCGUGUUUUCAACUUUUGGACAGGAUGCCUCGGUUUCUGGUGUUACCCAUCCGUUUACACCGCCUUUUGAGGGUAGUGAGGAGGGUCAACGAAUCCAAGUUGGAGAAGAAGCAGCCGAAAACGCGACUCACGGAACGGUCGGAACUCAAGAAGGAGAAAGCUUUUCACCUUUGUGCUUCGAGGUGUAGUUCGAAGGCGGAAGUGAAUUAGGUGGUGCGGUCAAAAGGGUUGUACAUGAUGCUCUUGUUCUAGCAGCGGUUGCACCUUUCAAUAACCAAGUCCAUCACUUCCUCCAAUACCUAGUGGCCCCCUAUCUUGCCUCAAAUGCUGCAGAGUUAUCCGGAACAGUCGAUGUGCACGUCUUCAGUUUGUCGAACGAACGAAUCCGAGGAAUCUCAGCUCAUACGGAAAAACGCCAAGUCGUUCUCAACCUCGGCCAACCAAGCCUUCCGCUUGUGCGUAGGCGGCUGAUCUAGCUGCCGUAUAUAGUUAACCACCUCCAGAAACAACUGUUUCUUUCAUCCAUGAGUGGCGGCGUACGAGUGUGGACGGAAUUUUUGUGUUCUGGUUGGUGCCUACUCUGAAGGGUGCGCCGAGCGGGGUUUCUUAGGAGUGUGCUUCGGGUUCCGUUAGAACACGAGAUGAAGAGAGUCUUCUGUCGGCGGGUGAAAGGAUGCAAUAUGGCUCUGUGGUGUGUGAUCUACCGCGGUUGCGAAGAGUACCCCCCAUGGUGAAGGUUUGUUAGCAGACGUUAUCCGUACUUAGCACAAGACGGUCAAAGAUGUGGAAUAUUAGAUAUGGACUGUUAUGUCAAUUUUUAGUUUUCUCGUAGACAUGUUCCUCUCGUUAUUUUUUCUUACAAAUAUUCGGGUGACACAUGUUGUGACACCUCCCUCUUUCCUCUCUUCCCUUCACGUUGUCGACUUUGCCUCCGCGUCAAACAGAGAACCAUGCAAGCUGACCAGCCGGCCGUCGAAAUCAAUAGCCUCACCUUCAAACACAACACCCUAUUCACCGCUCCACCCGAGGACUACUACGAAUUUCCAGGACUGCGAGAUGUCAAUUUCUCGCUACCACGAGGUUCAGUAACGUUAUUGAUCGGCGGAAAUGGAGCUGGGAAGAGCACCCUGUUGUAUAUCCUUGCUGGGAAGAGAAUGAUCCAGGAAGGAGAGGUUAAGGCGUUUGGAAGGGAUGUUUUUAGGAGUUUUGCAGAUAAUGUUGUAUAUCUCGGCACUGAAUGGGCAAUGAGAGCUGGUGUUCGAGGCGACAUUGUAGUUUCGGAUUUCCUGGAUAGCGUUGGAGGUUAUAGAUUCAAGGAACGUAGAGAUCGUUUACUUGAUAUUCUUGACAUUAACCUGGACUGGCACAUGCACGCGAUCUCUGACGGAGAGAGACGGAGAGUUCAACUCUGCAUGGGCUUGAUGGGCAAUUGGGACAUUCUUCUACUCGACGAGGUCACUGUUGAUCUCGACGUGCUCACCAGAUUCUCGCUACUUAAAUUCUUGAAACAAGAGGCAAAUGAACGUAAAGCCACCAUCAUCUAUGCCACACACAUCUUCGAAGGUCAUUUCAUUCACUUCCUCGAACCUUCCUACUCAUACCCGAAACUUAGGAAUUGACGACUUUCCGACCCACAUAGCUCACAUGCGGGAUGGCACUUUUGUCACCAAUCCAACGUCUUGGCCAAUCCCUAAUAGCAACUCGAAGAGUUUGCAUGCCAUUGCGCUCGAGUGGAUUGGCAAUGACAGAAAGACGCGUGAUCGUGAAGAAAAGGAAGGGAAGCGGAAGAAGGUUCGGGGUGCCAGGUUUCAGAUUACCCCCACGGACUCGGAAACGUUUUACAGAAAGUACGACUACGGCCGCCAGACGAACCACUAUACGUGAGGUGCUUUCGACACCGCGCCUCUGGUCCUGUCGACUUAUUAAUCGGACUCAACUCCUUGUAUCGAUAUUCAACUAUACCCCCACCCGCAAGUGUAUUUCAACAGACAUAUUCAUCUUUCUAUUGCAUUCAACAGCAACUAUGGAACAUCCAGUGUAUACACUCACGCACUCGCAUUGUAAUACAAAACAACUCCGUUUCUUCUUCUUUCCCCAU